AUGAGGGAGAUAGAACUGAGAGGAAAAACAGCCAGGAGGCAGAUCUGUGGGAAGAUCCUGGAAGGGAUCAGCCAGAUCUGCAGCUAUAAAAUGUUCCUGGGAGUGAAUUCCUCGGUCGUUGCUGAUUUCGUGCCCACGUCGUCAUGGAACAUCUCAAGUGAGUUAGAUAAAGAUUAUUUCCUGACGCUGGACGAACCCAUGAACAACAUCACCACCACCCUGGGCCAGACAGCAGAGCUGCACUGCAAGGUGUCAGGGAACCCCCCUCCCACGGUGAGGUGGCUGAAGAACGACGCUCCCGUGGUGCAGGAGCCGCGCAGGAUCUCCUUCCGAGCCACCCCCUACGGCUCCCGCCUGCGCAUCCGCAACCUGGACACCACCGACACCGGCUACUUCCAGUGCGUGGCCACCAACGGCAGGAGGAGCGUGUCCACCACCGGCGUGCUCUUCGUCAAGUUUGGUCCCCCGCCAACAGCAAGCCCAGGAUCCUCGGAUGAGUAUGAGGAGGAUGGGUUUUGCCAGCCUUACAGGGGCAUUGCCUGUGCCCGCUUCAUUGGGAACAGAACCAUCUACAUGGAGUCCUUGCACAUGCAGGGGGAGAUAGAAAAUCAGAUUACAGCUGCCUUCACCAUGAUCGGCACCUCCAGCCACCUGUCGGACAAGUGCUCGCAGUUCGCCAUCCCCUCGCUGUGCCACUACGCCUUCCCCUACUGCGACGAGAGCUCCCCCGCCCCCAAGCCCCGGGACCUGUGCCGGGACGAGUGCGAGAUCCUGGAGAACGUGCUGUGCCAGACCGAGUACAUCUUCGCCAGGUCCAACCCCAUGAUCCUGAUGAGGCUGAAGCUGCCCAACUGCGAGGAUCUGCCCCAGCCCGACAGCCCCGAGGCCGCCAGCUGCAUCCGCAUCGGGAUCCCCAUGGCUGAUCCCAUCAACAAAAAUCACAGGUGCUACAACAGCACGGGCGUGGAUUACCGGGGCACGGUGAGCGUGACGCGCUCGGGGCGGCAGUGCCAGCCCUGGAACUCGCAGUACCCCCACACCCACACCUUCACUGCUGCCAGGUACCCCGAGCUCAACGGGGGCCACUCCUACUGCAGGAACCCUGGAAACCAGAAGGAUGCUCCGUGGUGCUUCACCUUGGAUGAGAACUUCAAGUCAGAGCUCUGCGAUGUCCCAGCCUGUGAUUACAAGGAUUCCAAGGAAAAGAAUAAAAUGGAAAUCCUGUACAUCCUGGUGCCAAGUGUCACCAUCCCCCUGGCCAUAGCCUUGCUCUUUUUUUUCAUCUGCAUCUGCCGCAACAACCAGAAAUCCUCGUCCCCCCCAGUGCAGAGGCAGCCGAAACACGUCCGGGGGCAGAACGUGGAGAUGUCCAUGCUCAACGCCUACAAACCAAAGAGCAAAGCCAAGGAGCUGCCCCUGUCGGCCGUGCGCUUCAUGGAGGAGCUGGGGGAAUGCGCUUUCGGCAAGAUCUACAAGGGCCACCUCUACCUGCCGGGCAUGGACCACGCCCAGCUCGUGGCCAUCAAGACCCUCAAGGACUUCAACAACCCUCAGCAGUGGGCGGAAUUCCAGCAGGAGGCGUCGCUGAUGGCGGAGCUGCAGCACCCCAACAUCGUGUGCCUGCUGGGCGCGGUGAGCCAGGAGCAGCCCGUGUGCCUGCUCUUCGAGUACACCAACCAGGGCGACCUGCACGAGUUCCUGGUCAUGCGCUCGCCCCACUCGGACGUGGGCUGCAGCAGCGACGAGGACGGCACGGUGAAAUCCAGCCUGGACCACGGGGACUUCCUGCACAUCGCCGUGCAGAUCGCCGCCGGCAUGGAGUACCUGGCCGGGCACUUCUUCGUGCACAAGGACCUGGCAGCUCGCAACAUCCUGAUCGGGGAGCAGCUCCACGUGAAGAUCUCGGACCUGGGGCUCUCCAGGGAGAUCUACUCGGCUGAUUACUACAGGGUGCAGAACAAGUCGCUGCUGCCCAUCCGCUGGAUGCCCCCCGAGGCCAUCAUGUACGGCAAGUUCUCCUCCGACUCCGACAUCUGGUCCUUCGGGGUGGUGCUGUGGGAAAUAUUCAGCUUCGGCCUCCAGCCCUACUACGGGUUCAGCAACCAGGAGGUGAUCGAGAUGAUCCGGAAGCGGCAGCUGCUGCCGUGCUCCGAGGACUGUCCCCCCAGGAUGUACGGCCUGAUGACGGAGUGCUGGCACGACCUGCCGUCCCGCCGGCCGCGCUUCAAGGAGAUCCACGCCCGCCUGCGCUCCUGGGAGGGCCUGUCCAGCCACACCAGCUCCACCACCCCGUCGGGCGGCAACGCCACCACGCAGACCACCUCGCUGAGCGCCAGCCCCGUCAGCAACCUCAGCAACCCCCGCUACCCCAACUACAUGUUCCCCGCCCAGGCCAUCCCCCAGGGCCAGCUGGCGGGCUUCAUGGCACAGAACCAGCGCUACAUCCCCAUCAACGGCUUCCCCAUCCCGCCGGGCUACGCCGCCUUCCCCGCGCCCCACUUCGCCCCGCAGGGCCCCCCCAGGGUCAUCCAGCACUGUCCCCCUCCCAAGAGCCGCUCGCCCAGCAGCGCCAGCGGCUCCACCAGCACGGGCCACGUCACCAGCCUGCCGUCGUCCGGCUCCAACCAGGAGGCCAACAUUCCCCUGCUGUCGCACGUGGCCAUCCCCAGCCACCCCGCCGGCGUGGCCAUGGCCGUGUUCGGCGGCAAGACUCAAAAACCCUACAAAAUGGACUCCAAGCAGCCCUCCCUCUUGGGGGACCCCAGCGCGCACGGACCCAACGACUCGGUGAUUUCGGCCGAGUUGUAGACACGCGAGGCCUUUGUAAAUAGGACUCUUCAGAGGCGGACUCGGAAGGGGGAGGAAAG